AUGAAAAAGUGGCAGCUGUUUCAGCAGAUUGAUCAGUCUUUCCAGAUUCACCGUAGCUAUGGAAGCAUGCUUGAUGGUGAAUCUGACGAACUAAAGUUUAUCAUCUUCCUCUACCUGCUUGACAACGACACUUCGUGGAUGAUACUGGCUAGCUCUGGAGUUGGUGUCUGCAUCGAGUUCUGGAAAAUAGGGAAAGCCAUGCGGAUUGAGGUUGAUCGAAGUGGGAUGAUUCCAAGAUUGAGGUUCCACGACCGUGAAUCCUAUGCAAGCAACAAGACCAAGGAGUAUGACGACAUCGCCAUUAAAUUCUUAUCCUAUGUGCUCCUCCUCCUUGUUGUGGGUUUCUCCAUAUAUUCACUUGCCUAUGAACGCCACAAGAGCUGGUACUCAUGGAUCCUAUCUUCACUAACGAGCUGCGUCUACAUGUUUGGUUUCAUAAUGAUGUGUCCUCAAUUGUUCAUCAACUAUAAGCUGAAGUCAGUAGCACAUUUACCAUGGAGGCAAAUGACAUAUAAGUUCCUCAACACAAUCAUCGACGAUCUCUUUGCUUUUGUCAUCAAAAUGCCAAUGCUGCAUCGCCUUUCUGUCUUCCGAGAUGGUGAAUACAAAUCCAUCUUCCCUGAGUUUAUUGAUGCAUAUGUGAUAUUCUUAAUAUACUUGUACCAGAGAUGGGUUUAUCCUGUGGACAAAAGACGUGUCAACGAGUUUGGUUUUGGAGGUGGGGAUGAGUCUGUGGAUACAAAGAAGAUCUCUGACCAAAAAGAUGACAAGAAAACAAACUAA